UUAGUUUGUUGUUAUAAAAUUUAUAAAUGAAGAUGACACUUGCCAUGACGAAGAUGAUGAUGCUGUCUUUGAAGUCGGUCUUACUAAAUGGUUAGGACCAUUAGAUGGAAAUAUGAAGACAAGUAUUUCUUGGCCUCCUACAUCGAUGCAGAGCAUUUCACUAAAAAAAGAAGUUGAUGCGUCUUCUUCAUGGUCGACAUAUAAUGUUAUUGUUCUACGCUUUUAUAAAACGCUUUUGGCUGCACGGAAUGGACGAAAUGGCUUUAUUAUGUCUUCUACUUAUGAAACAGAUAUUAAGUUAGGUCGUGGUAAACGGAAGAAAACUGAGGGACAGCAUUUUGAUAUUAAUUCUUCUACAAACAAGAAAAAAAGGUUUCAAACUAUUGAAAAUUCUGACGAUUCAAAUUUUGAUUCAGAUGAUCCUAUGACUGCGCAAUUUGCAAGUAAAAAAAAUGUUGCUGCUCCACCACUUGUCCCUUAUAAACCUGAAAAUAAUAAAACUGAGUCUCAAAAAAUACGAAGUGUGGCAAAACUAUAACAACUAUAAAGAUAUUGAAGGAGAAUCAAUCAGUAAGAAACACUGAUGCAUUGAUAUCUUAUCCGCAAUCUCAGAAAUGCAGAAAAGACUAUUUGCUUGCAAAGUUGAAUAAAGUAAAGAAGAAAACUUUAUCUGGAGAUAAUAAAUUAGAAAUUAUAAAGACUGCAAGACAAAAACAACAAAUAUAUGACAAAACGAAAAAACUGAAAUUAACUUCAGCAUCUCGUGAACGUGAUACGUUCGAAAAACAUUGUAAGUCAAUUAAUAAAAGCACAGCGUUUGAAAUGUCUUGUCAGAAAGGAUCUGAUGUAGAAGAAAGUGUUGGUGGUAUUCUGCGGCAUUCUUCCAUGGAAAGCAUAACAUCCAAGAUGUCAAAAGAUAAUAUUUCUACUGCUAGUGAUACAGAGUGUACUGAAAAGUCACCAUCCGUGAUCAGUACAAAUUCUAAAACUGAAUUAUGUCAAAUGC